AUGUUUUCUAGUUUCGGAAAUUCAGGGGAAGGUAUUUCAUUUGAUGAUUUCUUUGGAUUUUCAGAGGAUACAUCAUCAACAGCAGCAACAUCAUCUACUCUGAAUGUUGUUGUUCAGCAACAAUCUGUCGCAGCUUCAAUUGUUAAUACGAAUGAGAAGAAACAAGCUCAACCUUUGUUGCCUAAAAACAAGACACUUACUCAUCAGCAACAACAGCAGCCAUCUGUUGCUACUAUGCCAAAGAAACCAGCAAAGGAAGUCAUCGGUAGCAGUGAGGAAGAAUCAUCUUCCGAUGAUGAUGAGGAAAUGAAGGAUAAGGUACAGCCUGGUGAUGAUUCCGAUGAAGAUGAAGAAAUGAAAGAGAAGGAAUAUUCUUCUUCCUCCUCGAGUAGUGAGAGUAGCCAAGAUGAGAUUGAGGAUAUAUCAAUUCGGAAAUCAACAAAUAUUGGAAAGCAAAUUGUAAAUGGUAAUAAGGAGAAUCAUAAACAAUCAGUGAAUACUGUGAAAAAAGCUCCUCCAAAGCAAUCUAAUAUUCAACACAUUUUGAAUAAGGUGCCAUCAUCAUCUAGUUCAGUACCGCAAAUUGGAACGAAAAAGAAAUUGUCACCACUCAAAGAAAAGAGAAAUAUCAAGGAAAAGACCGAUAAUUCAAAAAGAAAAUUUAUUCAAACCAAACUGGAUAAGAGCAUGUUUGAAAGGAGAGUUGAGCAGACACCUAUGGAUUCAUCACUCUUUUGCAUGUGCUGCAAUACAUUUGUUGCCUUAACAGGUGCAUCAUCUCAAAACUCAGCAAAAAGAGUAAAGAAAGGUUCUUCUAAAUAUGAAGAAUGGGAUAAACAUAUAGAAAGUGAGGACCACUUGUUGAGGAAGGAGAGGCUGCAAAGACUCAAUGUACUUUGCUUUAUGAAUAGCCCAACAAAUAAGAGGUUUCAUCAUUUUGUAAAUUCAUUCUGUCUAAUGUUUUUCCACCGAAUUGAAACACUAGCUAUUGAAUUUGCAAAAAAGAAUAGAAAGAGAAAGUUUGAAAUUUAUGAGGAACAUGAGGAUUAUAUUCUGUUGGACUAUGUCAUUAAUUUUAUUUAUGCUCGAGUUGCAAAUUUGCAAUACGCAACCGAUUUUGAAAAGAUUUUGAAACAAUUCUUAAAUAAUAUGAGACAAGGCUCAUUAAAGAUUGCCACCACAAUUUGGGAACAAUAUAAGGAAUUUUAUUCCAAGAUGAAUGAUGAUGAGUUUGGUUAUUUGCUCUCUGAUAUUGUACAUCGAGCUUGGGAUUGCAUGAGACAUUUGGCUUACUUUGGGAAAAUUCAGGAUCCAACUCAAUUAUUCAUUGACGAGCCAUUGGAAUUCAAAGAUUUUAAGAGUGAGAAAAAAGAAUCAAGAGAUGAAAGUGAUUCUAGCUCCGAUGAUGAAGACUAUGAAGAGCCAGAAUAUGACGAAGAUGAGGAAGAGGAGGAGGACAUUUUCAAUGGUCAGCAUCCUUACUUUGAAAUGUUUAUGAAAAUGUACAUUCAACACUUCUUAUUUUUAAAGCCAAUUGAGAAAAUAAUAAGUGAAGCUCUCGAACAAUACAAAUCCAUUCUAGAAAAGGAGACCUUUUUCAAUGAGUGGGAAGAAGAAAUAGUGAAGAGAAAGAAGCUAUUAAUUUCACAGCAACAGAUGUCAAGUAAUGGCGGUAGUGCUGUAGAUGAUGAAUCAAGUGAUGAGAGUCCAACAAUACCUCCACCAAAACCACAAGCUCCAAAGCAAAAAUCAAUUGAAGAUUUGCUGUUUGGUUCAGCAGCCAACAAUACCUUUGAGAGCUUCUUUUCUGUUAAUACUACACCUCAAAAGGUAACAACUACAAUCCAAACUCAAAGUAAGAAGAAGGCAGGAAUAUCAACGCACGAGAAUGAAACAAUGGAAGAGGAUGAAAUGUGGAAUUUACUAAGAAGAGAUAAUAUUUGA